AAAAAGACAUGUUUAUCUGAUUGCCAGUUUAUAAAAGGUUUUCCCAAACGGAAGAAUUAAUACGUAAGAGUAGCUUUUCUCAAUGACUUCUUAUACAGAUAAAGGGCCUAAGCCCCAAUUUGGUCGCUUCAUUUAUUUUCAUCAUCUUACAUUCUAUGUUGGAAACGCAAAACAGGCUGCUAGCUACUAUGUUACCCGAAUGGGAUUCCAACCACUUGGCUACAAAGGAUUAGAAACCGGAAGUCGAAAAUAUGCACAUUAUGCAGUACAACAAAAUAGAAUAGUUUUCGUUUUCGUGUCUCCAUAUUUACCUGACGAAACGGAAAUUGGUAACCAUCUGGUUAAACACGGAGAUGGGGUCAAAGAUAUCUCAUUUGAAGUUGAAGAUUUAGACAAUAUAAUACUGCACGCAAAAUCAAAAGGGGCAAAAAUAAUAAGAAAUAUCUGGACUGAAAAAGAUGAGUACGGUUCUGUACGUUGCGCUACAAUACAAACGUACGGAGAUACCACGCAUACUCUCAUCGAUAGAGGUGGUUACAAUGGUUUCUUUUUGCCGGGUUAUGCCAAAAGCCCAGAAGACCCAUUGGGAAGUAAAUUACCGCCAGCAAAACUAGAUUUCAUAGACCACGUCGUAGGAAAUCAGCCUGAUCUUCAAAUGGAAUCGGUAGCCAAAUGGUACGAAACAGUUCUUCAAUUUCAUCGUUUCUGGUCUGUGGAUGAUUCCCAAAUUCACACCCAAUAUUCAGCCCUGAGAUCAAUUGUAGUGAGCAAUUGGGAAGAAACAAUAAAAAUGCCUAUCAAUGAGCCCGCCAAAGGAAAAAAGAAAAGUCAAAUACAAGAGUACGUUGACUACUACGGAGGUGCUGGGGUUCAACACAUUGCACUGAAUACACAAGACAUCAUUUCAUCUGUAACAAAUCUGAAAGCUCGUGGAAUAGAAUUUCUGCAAAUACCUGAUAGUUAUUACGACAUUCUAAAAGAGAGGUUGAAAAUAAGUAAAGUGAAAAUAGCUGAAGAACUGGACACCUUAAAGAAACUGAAGAUUUUAAUUGAUUAUGAUGAAGAUGGAUAUUUAUUGCAAAUAUUUACGAAAAAUAUGCAAGAUAGACCUACACUCUUCCUCGAGGUCAUUCAAAGAAGAAAUCAUAACGGAUUUGGCGCUGGAAACUUCAAGGCAUUGUUUGAAGCCAUUGAAAUUGAGCAAGCCAAACGUGGAAAUCUUUGAUAAAACUUUUGCGUUUGUUUAAGUUACGAUAUCAUAAGAUUUUAAGAUCUUAUUUUAGUGAAUGUAAAAUAGGAAUAAAUUCUCCUAAUAAACAAUAAAACCAUCUCAAAAUAG